UUUUACACCAUCUCGCAGUCUGGUGUAGUAAAUGAGAAUAUAAAGGAUUUUAGUGGUUUUGUCAAACCUUGAGAAAACUAAAAAGGUCAAGAAUGACGAACGGGAGAAGUAGAAGAAGAGCAAGAGAAAGCAGCCCGGAGAGAGCCAAGGUCUGUAUGCAGCAGCCAAAGGCAAUGAAACCCAUCAGACGAGUUCAAGUUGUUUACUACCUAACCAGAAAUGGGCAGCUUGAACAUCCUCAUUACAUGGAAGUCACCCAUUUGGUCAAUCAACCACUUCGUUUGAGAGAUGUAAUGGAAAGACUCACAGCUCUCAGAGGCAAAGGAAUGCCCUCUCUUUACUCUUGGUCUUGUAAAAGGACUUACAAGAAUGGUUAUGUAUGGAACGAUUUAGCAGACAAUGAUGUCAUUCCUCCAUCUGAUGGAGCUGAAUAUGUUCUCAAAGGCUCAGAAUUGGUUGAUGGUUGCUCUGAAAGAUUACAGCAAAUACAAAUACGUAAAAGGGAACCAAAUUUUCAGGAACCAAACCUUCAUCAUCCCAAACAAAAGUCCUCAGCUUUUGCUUUGACUCGGCACAGAGGACCCCAAGCUGCAACAUACGAAGAAGAGCAAGAAUUCGAUGGAGAAGAAGAAGAAGAAUACGAACUUAAUGAGGAGAAAACAUGCUACACAAGCUCAACAACAACUCCUCACUCUCGUUGCUCAAGAGGGGUUUCCACUGAUGAACUUGAAUACCAAGAAAACAAUAUCCAAAAACCCAUUGUUGAGAAGCAAGAUCAAACCAAAAACACUGCAUCCAAGCGGUUUGAAGAUGGUGACACAGUUGCCAACGGCCGUAACUCCUCGGUGCUGCUUCAACUCAUUGCAUGUGGGAACUUAGCCGUUAACAAAGCCAAGAACAUACCAAACAAUGUGGUGAAGAAAAGUGAAAAUUUGCAUAGAGGGGUUGUUUGUAAAUCUGCAGUAAAGGCGGUUGAAGAUGAUCACAUGAUAAGCUGCAUGUCUGAGAAUCCAAGGUUUUGUAAUUUACAGGCAGAAGAGAAGGAGUACUUCAGUGGCAGCAUUGUUGAGUCAAUCAAGUCUGAGAACCUAGUUGUGGCUGAUGAGCCACUGCUCAAGAAAUCCAAUUCCUAUAAUGAAGAAAGGAGCUGCAAGGCUGCACUGAGUGGAACAGUGGGAGAGGAGAAAAAGGACAAGGCAGUCAAAGGGAAUUUUAUUCCCAGGAAGAAAUUACCAAAGCAAAAAUGAGGGUUGACUAGAUUCAUAUACUUAUUGAUGCAGUAAUUAGUAUUAACCGUUAGGG